AUCAAUAGGUAAAUGUCUCAAUGUGGGAAAAAGAGACACAGAGUGAAGGAAGGAGGCACAGGGAGAGGCUGACAUGAGCAGUGAACUGUGAGAGCGGCUCACGGGAUAUCCCAACUGAUACACAGAUACAGACAGAGACAGAAGCAAGCACACACGCACACACACACACACACACGCACACACACACGCACACACACACGCGCACACACACGCGCACACACACACACGCUCACACACAGCUGCUCUUCCAUUCACAAACCUCAUUAAGAGAGGGAUCGACAUGCUGCUGGCUUGCCUGCUUCUCCGGUUUGUGGGCAGUGUUUUGGGCUACGGACCCCAGGAGCUUGCCUCGACACCAGUCUGCCCACCAGCGUGCCAGUGUGAGCAGGAUGGCAUCCUGGUCCUUGUGGAUUGUUCGGAGCUCGGGCUGUCCGCAGUGCCCAGCGACCUCCACCUUCUGACAUCCUACCUGGAUCUCAGUAUGAACAACAUCAGUGAGCUGCAGCCCAACGCCUUUCACAACCUGCCCUUCCUGGAAGAGCUCCGUAUGUCGGGUAACCACCUGAGACACAUCCCCAGCCUCGUAUUCACUGGCCUCCACAACCUCAAAGUGCUAAUGUUACAGAACAACCAGCUCCAGCGGCUCCCCAGCGAGACCUUGUGGGAUCUGCCAAACCUCCAGUCCCUGCGCCUGGAUGCUAACCUGAUCUCGGAGGUGCCCGAGAGGGCUUUCGCAGGGCUGCGCUCGCUGAGACACCUGUGGCUGGAUGACAACGCCCUGUCUGAGAUCCCUGUGCGCGCCCUCAAUAACCUGCACACCCUGCAGGCCAUGACACUGGCCCUGAACCAAAUCAGCCACAUCCCUGACGGAGCCUUCCGCAACCUCUCCAGCCUCGUGGUGCUGCAUCUUCACAACAACAGGAUCCAGUCACUGGGACAGAACUGCUUUGAAGGACUGCAGAGCCUGGAGACCCUAGAUCUGAACUACAAUGAUCUUCAGGAGUUUCCAGUGGCCAUCCGAACCCUGGCCAAGCUUCAGGAGCUGGGAUUUCACAACAACAACAUCAAAGCCAUUCCUGAGAGGGCGUUUGUGGGCAAUCCGCUCCUGCAGACCAUACAUUUUUAUGAGAACCCCAUCCAGUUUGUUGGGGGAUCCGCCUUCCAGGACUUACCAGAGCUCCACACCCUGUCCCUGAAUGGAGCCACCGAAAUAAAAGCAUUCCCUGACCUCAAAGGAACCACCAGUCUGGAAAUUUUGACCUUGACAAGAGCUGGACUGAGCUCUCUCCCGAGGAGCCUGUGUCAGCAGCUGCCUGGACUGCGAGUGCUGGAAUUGUCACAUAACCAGAUCGAGGAAUUACCCAGUUUCCACCGCUGUCAGCGCCUUGAGGAAAUAAGCCUCCAGCACAACCAGAUCAGGGAGAUCCGAGUUACCACCUUCCUACAGCUUGCAGCCCUGCGAUCACUAGACCUAAGUUGGAACCGCAUUGAAUUCAUUCACCCCGAGGCAUUUGGGUCCCUGCGCUCUCUGGUCAAACUAGACCUGACUGACAACCAGCUGACCACCCUGCCCCUGGAGGGGCUCAGCGGGCUGACACACCUCAAGCUGAAGGGAAACCUGGCGCUGUCCGAGCCCUUCAGAGUGGAGGACCUUCCCAAGAUGAGGGUCCUGGAGAUGCCCUAUGCCUACCAGUGCUGUGUGUACGGGGCUUGUAAAACGACCUUCAAGCCCGCCAGCCAAUGGGACGCAGAGGAGACAGGAAGUGAGGACGAAGACGUGCCCAAGAGGACCAUGGGCAUGUUUCCAAGCCACACUGACAACAACUAUUACCUGGAUAUGGAUGACUUUCAGCUGGAUGCUGAUGAUUCCAAACUGCAUCCCAAUAUCCAGUGCAGCCCUUCUCCAGGUCCCUUCAAGCCAUGUGACUACCUUUUCGAUAGCUGGGUGAUUCGGCUGGGCGUGUGGGCGAUCGCACUGGUCUCCCUGAUCUGCAACAGCCUCCUGAUCGUGACGGUCUUCGCUUCCCCAAGCUACCUGUCUCCUGUCAAGUUCGUCAUCGGCUCCAUUGGGGGCGCCAACCUGCUGACUGGCCUGUGCACAGGGGCACUGGCGCUGGUGGAUGCCCUAACCUUCGGAGAGUUCUCCCGACACGGCGCUCGCUGGGAAAGCGGGCCAGGCUGCCAGGCUGGGGGCUUCCUCUCCGUCUUUGCCUCCGAGGCCUCCAUCCUCUUCCUCACGCUGGCCGCGGUGCAGUGCAGCAUCUCUGUCUCCUGCGUCCGGGCCUAUGGGAAGUCGCCCUCCUUCAGGAGCGUCAAGGCGGCUGCCCUCUGCUGUGUGGGCCUCUCUGUGGCUGUGGCUGCCCUCCCUCUCUUCUCAGUGGGGGAAUACGGGUCCUCCCCUCUCUGCCUCCCCUCCCCGCUCGCAGAGAGCCGUCCUUCCACUCUGGGCUUCAUGGUGGCACUCAUCAUGAUGAACACCCUCUGCUUCCUGGUGAUCACCGGAACCUAUAUCAAGCUUUACUGGGACCUCAUGAAAGGGGAGUUCGACAGCAUCUGGGAUUGUGCGAUGAUCAAGCACGUGGCCUGGCUCAUCUUCACCAACUGCCUCCUUUACUGCCCCGUGGCCUUCCUCACCUUCUCCUCCCUGCUCAGCCUCUUCCCCAUCAGCAACGAGGUCAUCAAGUCUGUCUCGCUGGUGCUUCUGCCUCUGCCAGCCUGCCUCAACCCCCUCCUCUACCUGCUCUUCAAUCCCCACUUCAAGGAAGACCUCCGCCUGCUCUGGAGGAGGCCUCAAUCCACACACGAGGAAUCUCCAGACUCCUUUGCAUCAGAGGAGACCGAGAAGAGCUCCUACGACUCCACCCAAGCGCUGGUGACCUUCUCCGACGUGAAGCUGGUCUUUGAGGGAGCAGUUCUCCCCAGGCUGGAGUCCUUCGGGUGCCCUCAAUCUCCCUCGGUCACCCUCAUCCCCCGUCAGCAACGGGACCCUUCUUGGCAAGAGGGCGACGCUUAUACAGCCCCGCACCCCUGCCUCACCGACGAGGAACUCUUGAUCGCUUCCCAAAGUGACGACCUGCCAAGCAGUGGUCACUCCAUCCGGUUCUAUCAACCCCCCCGUCCUUCUCAUCCCAUUUAUAAACUUUAAAACAAACACUGAAAUGGAAGAAAAAAAACGUCCCCUACCACAGGAUUUGUUCUGCGUCUCAGAAAUGGAUUAGAAAUCUGAAACGCAGUUCCCACGGUCCUCCAUGACAGGUUUGGUUCACAAGUCCCAGAAUCCUCCGAAGAUCUACUCCCACCGUUCACAAUAAUGGGUUUGGACUACAUUUCCCAUAGUUUGACUGGUCUCUGGACUACAACUCCCACAUUCCACAAUGGAGACUGUAAAUCCCUCUUCUACAGCGAAGCAACUGUUCAGAAAUGCUGAAUUUAUUGGAAGCAGGCAUGAACCUCAUUUAAUUUGAUGCAUGGUAUAUGAUAAAUAUAUAUAAUAUUCAAUAUGCAUUAGACUGCCUGCAUUCCCCGAAAUGCAGUAGGAGUAACUUAAAACGUAUGUCUAGAUUAUACAUUGGAUUUGUUGCUGAUGAACAGCCUGAAAGUUAAAAACAAUGGGCUAUAUUCCCAAACUGAUGAUUUAUUCAAUAGUUACAAAUAUUCCUGAAAACUGAAUUUAAAAAACACUAUUCCUCAUCGCAAUUCCACCUAUUCAUUCACCUGCUGUUACCAAAACCCCUCCCUGACUUUUAGAACAUUCUCAGGUGACUGCAAAUCUCAUUGAAGCAAUUCCACAACUAUACAACUGCUGAGGACUGCCAUCUAGUGGCAGCAGACACUUACUGCCUCCUUUCAAUCCAUCAAUUACCCAAAGCUAUUUCACUGCCCAAAGAACACCUACAUUUUUUCUAAAUGGCACGUUGCUGCUGUUUCCAAAAUUGCUUUUGUCAAAACAGAGAGGGACGUCUAACUUGCAUAAUGUAGGUGUUCUGCAAAGGCUAGUUUUAUUAAUAACUAGCGUUAUUAUCAAUUUCAUUGCAGCUUUUUUUUAUGACAUCAGAACAAAAAGAGGUUCAGCAUUUUUUUAAAUAGGUUUUGUAAAGGUUUCAGUUUUUUUCUUUUUUUUUUUAAAGUAGGCUAGCUGCUGCACAGUGUAACUACCUCCGAUCUAGCAUGCUAUAAUUCAAGUACCCCCUUCUUUUUAGAUGAAAAAGAACAAAACAAAACAAAAAGCUCUUGUACAAAAUAUAUUAGAAACUAUUUUGGAUGUAUAUAUUUUCAGUACUUCUGUAAACAUUUCACUUUAAAAAAAAAAAUAAUAAAUUCAAUACAAAAUGAUUAGUUUCAUAUAAAAGACUUGGGUUUGAUUCUUUUUGUUUCCCAGUGCACUUUCAGAAGACCUGCACAGACAGACAGACACACGGACAGACAGCUCACACUUAACAAGUCCACAGGUUGUAGUUCUCUUGAAGCAGCUAGAAGGCAUAUUAAAGUGUUUAAGAGGCCCUCGCAUGUGUGUUUAAUUGCAGCUCCACCGCUGUGUCGUUUAGAUGAAUCACCGGCUGAUUCAGAAGACAGUGCAAAACGUUCCUCUCGUCAGGAGACGGCUGGAGCAGACUGGCUGUCCAGCAGUGGUUGCAAACAGCAGCUUUGGAGCUGGACUCCCAGGCUUCCCAGGCUCCCCCGGCUUCUCUUACCUCCUAUCUGGACUCCCGGGCUCCCCCAGGCUUCUCUUACCCCCUAUCUGGACUCCCGGGCUCCCCCCGGCUUCUCUUACCCCCCUAUCUGGACUCCCGGGCUCCCCCCGGCUUCCUAACCCCUAUCUGGACUCAUACAACCUUAUAAAAUAGGAACACUUCGGAUUUCUAUUAAAUACUGUUUUGCAAAAAAAAAAAAAAAGAAUAACCCAAGCUUUAGCAUUGCACACCUUUUUCUUUAUGGUCCAAAAAACUUAAGUACAUUCGGUAUUGGAUGAAAAAACAAACAUUACUGCCACAAUGUAUGCAAUAACAAUUCUAAUAAACACAGGGAUUUUAAAACAUAGAAUUUGGAACAUCCGAAAGUCUGUGGAUUCUGUUUAGCAAUGAAGAAGCGUGCAUGGAAUGG